AUGGCUUUAGAAAAUACAAACCCUCCACCCAAUACCAAUCCUAAAGACCCUUAUAGCCCAUACUUCCUUAACCCAAAUGAUGGUCCUGCAACUUUACUCACAAACCACCUUCUCACUGCUGAGAACUACCAUUCCUGGGCUAUCACCAUUCGUCGCUCCCUUCGAAUCAAGAAGAAAUUAGGGUUCAUUGAUGGAACCCUUCGUGAACCCACCUCUCCAAAUAAAUUGUUGGAACCAUGGCUUGAAUGUAAUGACAUGGUUGUGACUUGGCUCCAAAAUGCUAUGUCCCUCGAAAUUAAGAAUAAUGUUGUGUAUGUUGAGAUAGCUCAUGCCCUAUGGCUUGAGUUGGAGCAACGCUUUGCACAAAAUAAUGGACCUAGAAUUUAUGAAUUGAAACAAUCCAUUCACUCUCUUACUCAAGGUAAUGAUUCAGUCAGCCUCUAUUUUUCAAAAUUGAAGGGUCUACUUGAUGAACUUGUUAACUUUGAAUCCAUCCCUCUUGUACUUGUGGAGCCAUGA